AUAUGCCUCCGUACUUCUAUCUCCUGACCACCUACUUGAGCUAUCUCUUCUUGAUCAUCAUUGGCCACUGUCGCGAUUAUUUUGGCAAGCGUUUUGGCGAUAAAAAGCGCUACAACGCCCUCAAAGUGCAAAACGGGCUCGCGCCUCUCACUGAUGAUUUCGACAGCUUCUACAGCCGCCGGCUGAAGGGUCGUUUGGAUGACUGCUUUGCUCGACCUACGUACGGCGUUCCCGGCCGCUUCAUUACCCUCAAGGAACGUACGGCAGACAGGCUUAACCGCAACUACCACUACACUGGAAACCACGUCGAGACACUCAACGUGAGCUCCUACAACUACCUCGGCUUUGCUCAAUCGCAGGGCCCCUGCGCCGAUGCUGUCGAUGAAUGUGUCAAGAAAUACGGUGUUACCGCUGCAAGCCCCCGCGGCGAUAGCGGCACUUCCGACCUAGCCCUCGAAGUUGAACGCGAAGUUGCAUCCUUUGUCGGAAAGCCAGAGGCCAUGGUCUUCUCCAUGGGCUAUGUGACCAACUCCAGUACCUUCCCUGCUCUCGUGUCAAAGGGCUGCCUGAUUGUCUCCGACGAACUGAACCAUGCCUCCAUCCGUGUCGGUGCUCGCCUCAGUGGCGCCGUUAUCCAAUCUUUCAAGCACAACGACGUGGUCGCCCUGGAGCGUGUUCUUCGUGAAGCCAUCUCCCAGGGCCAGCCAAGGACUCACCGCCCCUGGAAGAAGAUUCUCGUCGUUGUCGAAGGUCUCUACUCUAUGGAAGGUACUAUGGUCAAUCUGCCGGCAAUUGUGGCCCUCAAGCGCAAGUACAAGUUCUACCUGUACGUUGACGAGGCUCACUCUAUUGGUGCCCUGGGACCCCGUGGCCGUGGUGUCUGUGAUUACUUUGGCGUUGACCCCUCCGAGGUUGACAUUCUCAUGGGCACCCUGACCAAGUCCUUUGGCGCCAACGGAGGCUACAUUGCGGCAGAGAAGCACAUCAUUGACAAGCUCCGUUCCACCAACGUCUGCUCAAUCUACGGCGAAGCCCCUUCUCCUUUUGUCCUCAUGCAGAUUCUUACCUCGAUCAAGCUGAUCAACGGCGAGAUUUGCCCUGGCCAGGGCGAGGAGCGUCUCCAGCGAAUUGCCUUCAACUCUCGCUAUCUUCGCCUUGGACUCAAGCGUCUUGGACUCAUCGUUGCUGGCUCUGAUGAUUCUCCCAUUAUCCCCGUUCUGCUGUACAACCCCGGAAAGAUGCCUGCCUUUAGCCGCGAAAUGCUCAAGCGCAACAUCUCUGUUGUCAUCGUUGGUUACCCGGCCACCCCGCUCAUCAGCUCGCGUGCCCGCUUCUGCAUCUCUGCCGCUCAUAACAAAGAUGACCUUGACCGAAUGAUCAGAGCCUGUGAUGAAGUUGGCGACAUGCUCCAGAUCAAGUUCUCAUCAGGCAUUGCUGGCGGCUUGGAGCCGCUGCCUGCUGGUGUAGCACCAGAAAAUGAGGCUGAGUGGAGGAGGGCUAACAAUGUCGCCAUCAGGCCUCCUCGAUGGGAUGUCGAAGAGGUCAUUCGACGAGGUGCCGUUGAUUGCAAGCUUCCUCUGCGAUGAACGCCACAUAUAAUUUUUUUUAUACUGUCAGCUUUUUUUUUUAUUAGUGAGCAGCUCAUGUUGUCUCUUCUCUGGUCAAAGGAAGAAGAAAUCACAUAGAACGGGUAAAAAAACCAAACUAUGGCCCGGUGUUUGAGGCGUCAAGUGUUGAGCUAUUCAUGGGAGAUUUACACACACACAACACCUUGUUUAAAGAAGGAAAGAAGGAAAGAAAGAAAGAAGGAAAGAAAGAAAGAAAGAAAGAAAGAAAGAAAAAGAAAGAAAGAAAAAAACACACAAACCGUAUAAUAUUGUUCGACUAAUGGGGCUUUAUGAUCAUGCAGAGUAUUACGAUUAUCUCUGAUUUGAUGUCAGCCAUACUUCUACUACUAUAUAAUUAAUUAAUGUGAUCAAUGCCUGACAAAAAGCGGCCAUGAAAUGUGAGAAUUACAGAUGGUCAUGAGUGCAGGGCGACAUACUUUGGAGUGGAAUUGCAGGAUAUAUACGGCGGAUUGGGUAUUAACUGGGAUGGGAAGAAGCUUGAACAUGUGUAAAUAUGAGAGAAUGAGAGUUGGUGAAAGCUCCGUUUAGACGGGUGUGUCUCUUGUUUAAAGGCAGAUGAUUAAUGAAGUUGAACUUGGUUAGCCAUUUUUUUUUUUUUUCAUCUUAAUAUCGCUACCUUUAUUUUUCCUCGGGCAGCAAGAAAAAAGUAUCUGUCAUUUUGUGAUUUGUGAUGUGCCUUGAAGCGACAAUCCUUUUCGUUUCUUAUCAGGUGCAUGGGAGAUGAAUGGGAUGUGGAAUUGCGGGAUGAAUCUGGGUUAGCGAGGCCAUGAACCCUUGUUCGUGUUUUUCUUAGUUGAUACUUGAUGGGCUUAGUAUGCUGUGGUGUCGAGAAAUUGUUCCAAUGCUAACCCCAGGAC